CAACCGAGCAAACAUGCCGAUGAUGACGUUGGCGAAAAGGAUGGCAUUAUUCAUGCAAAUCACUGAAGUAUCGUCGACCGUCGCACAUGAGCAAUUAGAUGUCCCACUUCACAUUCUCCCACUCUCUCACUUUUUCUAUUCUUUCUUUUUUCCUCCUCUUUUUCGUUUGUAGUUACGAUACAUGCAAUAUUGUAACUACUCACUUUAAUUUUUUUUUUUCGUGCAUUUUUUUAAUAUUUUUUCUGAGUUUUUGUUUAAUUGGUCUGCAGAAACAUGGAGGCAAUCUUUGUAAAGCUCUUAAAGGCUUUCUUGAAGAGGGUUCGAUCGACAUCCCAAGUGAAGAAGAGCUAGAUCUUGCAAUUAACACCCCACAAGAUGAUAGCCCUGGCGCAAGUAAUCAAAACCCUUUAUCUCAAUCAAGCGCCUCACCUGUUUCCCCAAGGAGAAAGUCACUGGGGCAAAGGAUGAAGGAAGCUUAUAAAGCAUGGAAAAAGAAGAAUGCGGGAGCUUCUUCGUCGCAGCAAAAGGAUGUUCCCAAAAUUCCUCUAAGUCCUACUCAGAAAGAACAAGGACCUAAUUUGGGCCGGCAUCCAACUUUCUCGUCCUUGAAGGGCGCUAACGAUCCAGACCUACUGAACGAAGACCCUGCGAUUACUGAAAGAAAAGCUAAAGAACGAGAGGCGUACCAUGAAAGAAUUUGCAGGGAUUAUAGGAAUAUUGAACGAGUAAUUCGGAUUUCUGUUAUCUUGCCAGACAAACUUCGCAUUGCCCGUAUCUUCUCCAAAAGAGAAAAACUUGAGGAAGUCUUUGAGUUCGUAAACAUUGUUGGAUUAGGAGAAUCUUUGUCUACGGCCUAUAGACUUGUAACGGAAUCCCCACGUCGUUGUUACAGUAUUGAAGAUGGCUCGUCAACCUUGGAUGAAAUAGGCUUUGGCAACGGUGGAACUUUCUAUGUGGAGAAGAUUUAGUUUCGCCUAUUUUCCUUCAAGUAUCUUGGUCUGUACAUAUAGAUUUGGACCGAAAACACUUUGAGAUGUGUUUGAUAAAAAAGAAAAAGUAAAAAAGUAAUCUUUGUGAUGGAUGAUAUUCCUUGAACAAUGGGAGGGCAUCUUUUUGUCUAUACAGAUCUCCUAGUUGUCAAGUAUUAUACUUUGAGAUGAAAGAAUUUGCUAUUAGACGAACAUACAUGAUGAUUUGAUCGAA